UUCUAUAAAAAGUUGGCAGCCCUGGAUGAUAGCAUCGAUGUUUCUCCACCCCCGCAACUCCCGUUGGUGAUUGCAAGAUAGUCAAUUACAAAGUGAAUAAAACACAGAAAUAGACGCUUUCCGUGGUGAAUCGCGCAACGUGACUCCGGAGACACGAAUGGCCAGCCGUGGGGCCGGCGCAGCGGUGGUGACGGCCACCUCGCUGACGGUGGAGACCAUGACCAUCACCAAUGUGCUGACCACGGUGACAUCGCUCCACUCGAACAGCGUCAACAUAUCCAACAACAACAGCGUUGCGGGCGGCGGCGAUGGGGCUGGGGGCGUGGCAGCGGUCCAGGCGGACUCUAGUAAGCCGAUCUAUCCGCGCCUGUUCAACCGCAUCGUGCUGACGCUGGAGAACAGCCUGAUUCCGGAGGGCAAGAUCGAUGUGACUCCGUCCAGCCAGGACGGACUGGAUCACGAGACGGAGAAGGACCUGCGGAUACUGGGCUGCGAGCUCAUCCAGACGGCGGGCAUCCUGCUGCGCCUGCCGCAGGUGGCCAUGGCCACCGGCCAGGUGCUCUUCCAGCGCUUCUUCUACUCCAAGAGCUUUGUGCGCCACAACAUGGAGACGGUGGCCAUGAGCUGUGUGUGCCUGGCCUCCAAGAUCGAGGAGGCACCGCGGCGCAUCCGGGACGUGAUCAAUGUGUUCCACCACAUCAAGCAAGUGCGGGCGCAAAAGGAAAUCUCGCCCAUGGUGCUGGAUCCCUACUACACGAACCUCAAGAUGCAGGUGAUCAAGGCCGAGCGGCGCGUCCUCAAGGAACUGGGCUUCUGCGUGCACGUGAAGCAUCCGCACAAGCUGAUUGUGAUGUAUCUGCAAGUGCUGCAGUACGAGAAGCACGAGAAGCUGAUGCAGCUCUCCUGGAACUUUAUGAACGACUCGUUGCGGACGGACGUCUUCAUGCGCUACACUCCGGAGGCGAUUGCCUGCGCCUGCAUCUACCUGAGUGCCCGCAAGCUCAACAUACCGCUGCCCAGCAGUCCGCCGUGGUUCGGCAUCUUCCGCGUGCCCAUGGCGGACAUCACGGAUAUCUGCUACCGGGUGAUGGAGCUGUACACGCGUUCCAAGCCGGUGGUAGAGAAGCUGGAGGCCGCUGUCGACGAGCUGAAGAAGCGGUACAUUGAUGCGCGCAACAAGACGAAGGAGGCGAACACGCCGCCGGCUGUGAUCACCGUGGAUCGCAACAAUGGCUCGCACAAUGCGUGGGGCGGCUUCAUCCAGCGGGCGAUUCCACUGCCCCUGCCCUCGGAGAAGUCGCCGGAGAAGGACUCAAGAUCGCGUUCGCGCUCCAGGACGCGCACUCAGUCGCGAACGCCGCGCUCCCGCUCGCCGAGAUCCAGAUCGCCGAGUCGCGAGCGCACCAAGAAGGCGCACCGCAGCCGCUCCUCCCGCUCGCGCUCACGUUCACCGCCGAAGCACAAGAAGAAGUCGCGCCACUACUCGAGGUCGCCCACGCGCUCCAGUUCGCCGCACAGCAAGCACAGAAAGACGAAAUCCUCGCGAGAACGCUCUGAAUAUUACACAAAGAAGGACCGGUCUGGGAACGCCGGUAGCAGCAACAACGUAAGUGAUGGCGACAAGUAUCGCAACUCCGGCUCGAACUCCGGCAAGCACAGUCGCUACUCCUCCUCCUCCUCGCAUCGCAAUAGUGGCGGAGGUGGAGGUGGAGGCGGUGGAGGAGGAAGCGGGAACCACGGCAGCCGAGGUGGCCAUAAGCACCGCGAUGGCGAUCGCUCCAGGGAUCGCAAGCGCUAGGGAUUGACAAAACAAACAGACACAACACUCCUUUUAUUUUCUUUUCUUUUCAUUUCAUUGCUUUGUAUUUUUACAGAUUUACAGAUCAUUUCUACCGAUUAGUUCGAUUUAGUAAUUGUAAUGUGUAAUGUAAAAACGAACUCGGGUAAACAAUAAAUGUAACUCUUCAAUCAA